AGAGAAGAGAAUUAAGAGAGAGAGAGGGGGUUGUGGAUAAACAAAAAUUAGAGCCGAGAGAGAUGGAUCGUGCAGGUGCAGUAGAUGCGCAAGUUAUGGGGCUCAUAAUUUAGAUCGUGCAGUAAAGUUGAAUUGUAUCUUCUCUCUCGCCAAAUUCUCAACUCCAUUGACACCCUUUCCUACCUUUUCUCCUCCACAUCGCAUAACUUCUCCGUCUCUUUCUCUCUCGAAACACUAAUUACAUCUAUAAACACUCGAUUUUUAACUUCACAACACGUUCCUUUCUUUUCGCAUUUUGAAUUACUUGCAGGCAUGUCUCUCCUUCUCUUUCUCUCUCUGUCUGGUAGUUACUCUUUCGUAUCUCUUUGGACUUGCUCUCCUUGUUUGGUUCCCGUGAAAAUAUCUUUAAAUGUUUUGUUCAUUAUGUCUACUAUCUUCAACACAAUUAUUGUUCAAAAAAUAAUUGCGCUAAUGUGAAUGGCGCCAUUUGAAUAAGGUCUAAUUGAAUUGCUCGUCUGUGAUGCAAAGUACACUUUUGAAUCUUUCUCUGUUAUAGUUCUUGAGUUAAAUGAGGAUACUCCCUAUGUGCUUUUCAAUCUUGCAAGUGCCCAGAUGCAGAAUCCACACCUUAGCUAAUUUUUGGCAGGAAAGCUUCCACAGCUUGCAUAGGAAAUGUGGAGACUACUCUAGCUUUAGGUUGCAUGGUUCCUAUGGCAAUGCGCUUGAAGGAGGAUACAGUAGAAGAUGGAUUAGAAGACCUUUGAGUACAAAAACAAAAGGAACAAAAAAAAUCACUCAAAACAGCGAUAGCAGUAAAUCAACCACUAUCAGGCAUGAAAUUUUGGAUGAAACCAUUUUGAAUAGUGCUACAGUGAAUGCAAAUAAAAAAGAAGUAAUUGAAUUCCAAAAAAUUCAAUACUGUAACAUUCAACAGAAGAUUGCUGAGAAUAAUGACUUGUCCAAGCUUGUCACAGUCAUCAUCUUUGAUCUUGAGACUACUGGCUUUAGCAGACAGAAUGAGCGAAUUAUUGAGAUUGCACUGCAAGAUCUUCAAGGAGGUGAAAACAGCACUUUCCACACCCUAGUAAAUCCAGAACGUUAUAUUGCAAAUUCAAAUAUUCACAAAAUCACAAAUCAUAUGGUCUCAAGACCUGGUAUUCCAAGGAUGGAAGAGCUGAUACCUAUACUACUACAGUAUAUCAGAAGCCGCCAAAAGCCUGGCGGCUAUGUACUGUUGGUGGCUCAUAAUGGCCGUACUUUUGAUGUACCCUUUUUGACUCAGGAAUUCAAUCGUCAUGGUUUUGAUAUUCCUUCUAAUUGGCUAUUUUUGGACACGAUGCCUUUAGUACGGGAAUGGAUGAAGUCUGAAGGAUUAAGUUGUUCAAGAAAACUGCAAGACAUUGCUGAGAAGCUUCUGAUUAAGAAGACUGGACCAGCUCAUAGAGCCAUGUCAGAUGUGGAGCUAUUAUCAUUAGUUUUUCAGAGGCUGACUUUCAGACUGAAACUGUCACUUGCUAACAUAGUUGUGAGGUGGUCGUUCACAGCCUUGGAUUUGACCAAUGGAAAGAAGAAAAGUUCCGGCUAGUUCAAAUUCUUAUUGUUCUGUAAUUUUUUAAGUUAUUCUUCUCGAAUAUGUGCAAGCCAUUUAUGUUAGUCAUACCUGUGUUGGGAAUCCCAUUUUUUGGCUGGGAAAAUGCAGGAAAUUUGUGAUAGCUGAAUAAAUUUGUAUUUAUUUGACAAGAAAGGAAGGUGAAAGCAACAUUACUGCUUGGUAAAUGAAAAUUUGGCAAAAGUUUACAUCCA